AUGGACGGCCUCGACGAAUUCGAAAAGAACCUCGCUGCCGAAAAAGCCCAGCGCGAGCGGCCCGACGACCGCAAAAAGCACCACCACAGACACCACCGCGACCGCUCCCGCCGGCGCCACCGCGACGACGACGACGACCACAAACACAAGCGGCGGCGGCGAUCGCGCGACGGCCACGAUGACUCCCGACACGACAAGGACCGCCACCGCAGCGACCGACGCAAAGAAGCAAAAGACACGCCCUCUGACGAACCGAGCAGCGCGCCUGUCCGCGACGCCUGGAUGACGGCGCCCUCGGCCCUCGCCAUGGAGCACAUCCACCGCCCGCCACCCAAAGAAAAGACACCCCCGAAAGAACCGGCGCGUGUCGUGUCUGUCCGCGAAAUCAACCGCGGGCCCGCGCCUCCCGCCCCCGAGGCAGAAGAGCGCGUGGUCGACUACUCCUUUGGCGACGCGGGCUCCGGCUGGCGCAUGACCAAGCUGCGCGGCGUCUACACCGUCGCCGACGACACCGGGCGGCCGGUCGACGAGGUGGCCCUGGAGCGCUUCGGCAGUCUACGCGAAUUCGACGAGGCCAGGGAGGAGAAGCAGGAGCUGGACCGCGCGAGUAGCUACGGCAAGGGCUACGCGAUGAAGGAGAAGCCGACGGGCGACUUUUACAAGGAGCGUCCUGCGAACCAGAAGCCGCCUUCGCCCGCCCCUGCACCGCUGGAACCGGUCGCCGCCACACCACCAGCGGCGCCUGUCGUCGCGCCCAUGGACCAGACGGCGCUGAACCGCCUCCGCGCGCAGAUGAUCAAGGCCAAGCUCCGGCGCGCGCCCAACGCGGCCCAGCUCGAAGAAGAGUACAACCGCGCCGCCGCGGCCUUUACCCCCGCGUCCUCCUCGGCCGUCGUGCUCGGCGGCCAGGACAGCCGGCUGCUCGCGGGCCACGUGCGCAACGAGGUAUCCGCCGUGGACACGAAACGCGGGCGCGCGCGCGGCACCGUCGUCGCCAACGACGACAUGUCCGUCGACGACAUGCUGCGCGAGGAGCGCCGCACCAAGGGCCAGGCCGGCGGCGAGGGCAUGCGUCUCGCCGAGCGCAUCGCCAAAGACGGCCGCUUCGACGACGACCUCGCGUACAUGGACGAGAACGCGGAGCGGCUCGCAACGAGAGUCCACAAGAGCGAGGCCAACCUGAAAAACACGGCCGUGCACGAGUUCCAGAAAGUAAACCGCAUCCUGGACAGCUGCCCGCUGUGCCGCCACGACGACACGCAGACGCCGCCGCUCGCGCCCGUGCUCGCGCUCGCCACGCGCGUGUUCCUCACGCUCGCCACCGAGCCCGAGGUGUCGCCCGGCAGCGCCGUCAUCGUGCCGACGACGCACCGCCGCAACCUGCUCGAGUGCGACGACGACGAGUGGGAGGAGCUGCGCAACUUCAUGAAGAGCCUCACGCGCAUGUACCACGCGCAGGGCCGCGACGUGCUCUUUUACGAAAACGCCGCCGCCCCCCACCGCCACCUGCACGCCGCCCUGCACGCCGUGCCCAUUCCCUACGAGCAGGGCGCCGUCGCCCCGGCCUUCUUCAAAGAGGCCCUGCUCGCCGCCGACGAGGAGUGGGCGCAGCACCAGAAGAUUAUCGAUACUGGCGCGCGCGCGCGCGACGCCGGCCUCGGGCGCAUGGCCUUUCGCAGGUCCCUCGCGAAGGAGAUGCCGUACUUUCACGUCUGGUUCACGCUCGAUGGCGGGCUUGGGCAUGUGGUCGAGGACGCGGCGCGCUGGCCCCGCGGGGACUUGUUUGCGCGGCAGGUCAUUGCCGGCAUCGUCGAUGCCGAGCCACAGGUGGCCAAGAAGCAGGGACGGUGGCGGCGGGGAGAUCACAGGGUCGAGGGGUGGCAGAAGGAGUGGCGCAAGUAUGACUGGACGCGCGUCUUGGCCGAGGGGGGUUGA